AUGGCAAGGGAAGCGUCCAAGCCUGUCAAGAGUAGUAAAAGGCCUGCAAGUGGUCCUGGCAAGGAUGCAAAGCGGCCGAAGUCGUCCCACGCCGGCGGCCACAGCGACCGCAAGUCUGCGCCUGCCAAGCCGUCCCUCCCCAGCAAGCCACAAUCGAGCAAGGAGCGCAAGGAAGCCCUGCGCGAGCGCAAGUCCAAGGUCAAGCGUAAUUUUGACCUCAUUCAGGAUGCUACUUCCCUCUGGGAGGAGCUGCGCCGGCACGACGUAACGCCCGAGCGACGGAGCCAGCUGACCACCCAGGUGCUGUCCAAGAUCAAGGGGCGCCUGGUGGAGCUCGCUUCCUCGCACACCGCCUCCAGGAUCGUGCAGGCCUGCGUGAAGCACGGCAGCGAUGCGGAGCGCGCUGAGAUCCUGGCGGAGCUCAAGCCCAAGCUCCAAGAGCUGUCCAAGAGCCCCUACGGCAAGUUUGUGGUCUCCAAGCUCAUCGCCACUGCGCCCAAGGCCCAGCUGAAAGAGUACCACAAGGCGAUGAAGGGGCGCAUCCCCGAGCUGGUGCGCCACCCCUCCGCCGCUCACGUGAUCGACGAGCUGUACUCCGCCUCCGGACCCCCCGCCCGCAACGCCAUGGCCGCCGAGUUCUACGGGCGCGAAUACCGCCUGUUCGAGGGCGGCACGCUCAACGGCGUGGCGGGCGCGCCGGCCUCGCUGGCGCGCCUGCUGGCGGGCGUGGACGCGGGCAAGGCCGGCGCGAUCCUGCAGCACAUGGCCGCCGCGGUGCUGCCCAUCGUGGAGAAGAAGCUGGUGGACUGCGCCCUGGUGCACCGCGUGCUGGCCGAGUUCAUGGCCCUGGCCCCCGCCUCGCUGGUGGCGGACGCGGUGGGGCCGCUGUCGGGCGAGGCGCUCCUGCACAUGGUGCACACGCGGGAGGGCGCCGCGGCGGCCUGCGCGGUGCUGGCCCACGGCUCUCCCAAGGACCGCAAGGCGGCGGUGCGCGCGCUGAAGGGGCACGUCGCGCGCAUGGCCCUGGACGACUGGGGGCACCUCCCCCUCAUCACCGCCCUGAGCGUGGUGGACGACACCGCUCUCCUCCGCAAGUUCAUCGUGACCGAGCUUCAGAAGGACCUGCUGGAGGUGGUGCAGCACCCCACCGGGCGAAGAGUGGUGCUCCAGCUGCUGCAGCCCAACUGCAACCGGUACCUGCCGCCGGCGAUGCAAGCCAUCGUGCACCCUCCGGAGAAGAUCUACACGCCCCCUGCCGCUGGGGCGGCAGGCGCGGAGUGCGGGGCGGAGGAGCCCCACGUGCACAGCCCCGGGUGUGGGCAUGCGCACGGCGAUGGCGCGGAGCCCGAGGCGAAGCGGGCGCGGAGGGCGAAGGGGCGGGCCCCCGACGGCGGCGGGUCGGAGGACGAGGACGCGGUGCGGCCGCUGCCGCCCGCAGGCCCGCUGGGCCUGAGCAAGAAGGACCCCACGGUGCGGCGCACGGAGGUGCUGGGCGGCGGGCUGGGCGCCGCGCUGGCCGCGCUGUGCGCCGCCGAGGCCGGCGUGCUGCUCCGCUCCGCGCACGGCGCGGACGUGGUGGCCGAAGUUGCCGCCGGCGGCGUGCUGGAGGCCGCGGCCUCCCCCGCGGCGGUCGACGCCGUGCACGCUGCGGUGGCAGCGCUGGCGGCGGAGCCGCACGGGGGCGGUGCAGGCGCCGCCGCGCCCGCGCAGGAGCACGUGUUGGAGAGCUGGCACGGGUCGCGCGCCCUGCGGCGUCUGGCGCUGCAGGGCAGCGAGGCGCGGGGCGGGGAGGAAAGCGCGCCCCGGCGCUUCGUGGCCGCGCUGUGGCGGGGCGCGCUGCGCGGACGGUGCGCCGAGUGGGCGAGUACGCACGCUGCCAAGGUCCUGGCGGCGGUGUACGCCGGGGCGGGGCCAGAGGACAGGGCGGAGAUCGAGGCGGAGCUGGGGGGCGUGGUGGAGAAGGGGGACGUGGGGGCCUGGGCCGCGCGCUUCCUUGCGCACAGCAAGGCGUGA